AUAAAAUUAAUAAGUUGUAUUUCUAUUCUUUGAAUUCUGACAUGAAGAUCGUAUACAUAUCGGCUUCAAAUAUCAUCUGCCACUCACUUGCAUUGUUCUUUGCAUGGAUAAUUAAGAUCACCCGGUAUAAACGUAGAUUACAUCAAAUUUGUUCGUUAUUCGUUCUGCAGCGUCUCUACGUUUUUUGUUAUUUUUAAAAGGAAAGUAUAUGUGUAAGAGUGUAUCCACACUUUUAGGAGAAAAGAAAGAUAUGAGGUGUGGGAUCAAACACAAAUAAACGGGAAAAUUGUGAACUAAAAUAAAAGAGCAGAAUACAUACAACAAAAGGCGAGUCUUCGACAGCGAAAAAUAGUUUUGGGGUAUUAUUUUUUGCCUUAGAAAGUCAUGGCACACGUGGAAAUCCCGAUGGGGGAAAUGCAGGCCCCGCCAGAUAAUCAUAAAACUACGAAUGGAUUUGAAUUUCUGCAACUACCUCAGCUGCCACUUGGACAGAUAGCUGUAGGCUAUCCUCAAGCCCAAAACUGGAUCGAGCACAGAAAAGCAAAUAUUCGACCAUGGUCAUUGUUCCUCAACACAAACAACAUCAGACCACCACCUAAUAUAAGUAGAUUGAGCAAGCGGAUUGUAAAGAACAUUGAAUAUUUUCAGAGCAAUUAUUUGUUUGUGUUUAUUGGACUAGUAAUAUACUGCUUACUUACUUCACCUCUGUUGUUGCUGGCAGUUGUCGCUUCCCUUGGAAUAUGUUACAAAUUGUCUCAGCGACAUUCAAAGCAAGAAUUGAUGAUAUUAAAUCAUAGAUUAACCUUGGCGCAAGUGUAUUCUUUAGUUGGAAUUUUUUCACUGCCUGUAUUUUACCUAGUAGGUGCACAUGCAGCUGUCUUUUGGGUACUUGGAGUUUCUUGGUUUAUGAUAACACUUCAUGCUGCUUUUUAUAACAUCGAUGCAGUGUUGUGUCCAGGAGAAGAGGAACUCAAUGCAUUAGUUAUGCAGGAAGAUAAUAAGGACACUGACAAAUAGGACACACAUUUCUUGCACAAAACUACAAUUAUAUGUAUUUAUAAUAUUUAUAUGAGAAAUAUCAAACAUUUUUAUCGUUUAUUCC